UCAAAUCAUAGUGUCAAACUCAAAAUAGUACUGUUUACAUUUAUUUGGUUGAAUUGGUUAGGUGUACCGGCAAUUUUCUAAAGUUCGGUAAAAAUACAAUUAUCAUAUUAUAUUGAAAAUAAGAUUAACUAUCUCAAAUGUUCAACAAAAUAUAGUUAGUUAUUCAAGAAAAUUGAUAAUUCAAGUUAUAAUGACUGAUAACGAAGAAAAGAACAUCAGCAAAAAUAAUAGUUUUGCGAACGGUAUAGUUAAGACCACAUUGAUAAAUUCAAUAGCUUCCAAUCUUACGGAACUGGACUUGAGCAGUGGUAAGCUACAAAACCUCGAUGAAAACAUUGAAUUCCCUGCUUGUUUACUCCAUCUCAACUUGUCUAACAAUAAGUUGACGGAGGUGCCAAGUAACGUGCUCAAACUGGACAAUUUGAAAUCAUUGGAUUUUUCUUUCAACUCGAUCGUCGCUUUCGAUGAUAUACCAAGUUUCUGCCAUAGUAUUGAAAAGCUUAACUUGUCAAAUAACUCUCUAAAUGGACCACCACUGUGGGUGUGGACCGAAGUACCCACAAACUUAAUAUAUUUGAACAUAAGUAACAACAAGGACUUGUGUUCCACUUUUACAGAUAGUUAUUUAAAUGAAUUAUCUCAGUACAAAGCUCUAGUCAAAGAAAUAGACAUACACAAUUGUAGAUUAAGUAAGUAUGUGAAACUGCUCGCCUCAUUUUGUAAUACUAAAGUUAUUACUCUGGGCCAUGAAGAGUAUGAGCACCGUCUUGUGAACAACUUGAGUCACUUGCCAUGUGUGGGACUGGAAGAAUGUACGGAAGUAGAAGUCCUGGAUCUAACAAAUACACAACUGUUCCACAUUUACCCUAAUAUUGAUAUUUACACUAAUUUGAAAAUACUGAAUCUCUCACAGAACAAUUUAGAUAGUUUACCAAAUGAAUUCUGCAAAUUGGUAAAGUUGGAGACUUUUAUAAUGUCAUACAACAAUCUACUUUACCUCCCUGACAAUAUGAGUGAGUUGACCAGUCUAGUCACACUGCGGUUAGAUAAUAACAAACUCUGUAUGCUUCCGGAAAACUUGCAUGAAGUACCCAAUCUCAAGAUCUUAGAUUUGUACAAUAACAACUUGUAUGACGGACCAAGCAACCUGAAUUUGGAAGAGGUUGAUCUGGCCCAAAAUUACUUUGAUGAGCCUGACAGUGAAGACUAUCUGUUGAAGAAAGAAAAGUUACGAAUAAGUUACCUUAAUAGGGAAAAUGGAAGAAAAGUAGAAGUGGCUGAACAAAGUGAGCACAGCCGAUCAAUCAGUGAAGAGGAAGAGCUUUGUGACUUGGCUACAGAUAAAAUGACACUUGAUGACCAAAAAGAUGACCGAGCAAGUUCUCCUGAAGAUUGGGACUCUGAUGACCAUUGGAUUCCUCAUAGCUACAAGCCAGCUACUCCACCACAAUCACCCUGGCUCUAUUUCGUCAAGAAGAAAAUGAAAGAAGGGAAUUUUUGCCCAAUGGAUGCACAUGCUACUUCAAUAGGAGAUUUAGUAAAAUACGACCGAAUAUACAAUCCCCAUCUUGUACAUAGUUUAGAAGGUAAUUCUGACAAUUAUUCUACUGAUGAUGAUAGCUGAUUAUAAUUUUCCCGCAAUGCAAUUUGUUGUAGGUACCUACAUAUCAAAUAUCAAACCUUUUUGGACACCUUUUGAUUUUCUUUUUCUAUCUAUAAUAUUUCAAGUGUGACCUAUUCUGAAUUCAUUCUGAAUGAAAAUGUUGAAAUAAUAAAUUGGAUAUUGCAACAAGUUAUAAUGCAAUUAAAGUAUUAUUUAUGAAUAUAUGAGAAUAAAUCCACCUUGUAUGUAACUCACGAGAAGCUAUAUUUUGAGUAUCUAUCUUUGUUUUUGUUUUCUUUUGAGGAGAAGUAUUUUUUGUUAUAGAUCUCAAUUAUUGGAAUGAUUUUAUUAGUAAAUUAUUAUACAACUUGGUAUUCAUAUAUUACUUAGAUAUUAUAUUUUCUUAGUACACUCUGCAUGAGUAUUGUUAUAAUAUACUUAUUAAUAUUGCGUUAUGUAGUGUUUAAGUUUGAUAUUUACCAUAUUUUGUAUUUCUACUAAAGUGCCAUAGUGAGUUUACAGACAACUUCCUAACCGACUUAUUAGAUAUUUGUACUCUAGACUCUGGUUUUCCAAUAUAUAAUUUAGAUCGAAGCUGAAUCAAAACGCAAGAUUAACAUUUUAUUUAUUAGUUUAUUUCUUGAUUUCUAUUCAAUUUGUACUUCCAUAUUAAUCGCAGCUAUGUUCAAAUAUUUGUAUACCUAAUGUCAAAGAAUGACUAAAGAUUCUUGGUGCUCAAAUGGUUACAUACAACCAAUUCUAAAUUGGUAAAUAAGCUUUAAUAAUUAUUAUUGCAUGUAGCUAUUAUUACAAUAACAAUUAUUGCAUGUAUUGUUAUAAUAAAUAAUACUGGAUUAGAA